CAACACAAUCCAACACGAAAGCCUUGUGCCCUCUCCAACACAAUCCAACACGAAAGCCUUGUGCCCUCUCCAACACAAUCCAACACGAGUCUCACCAAGGUCACCACCACGGUCCCUCCAUUACUGCCCUGGCUGCAGCUGCUGACACUGUUGACGGGUUUUUGUUGUUGUUCGUUUCAUGGUGCAUUGUGGGUUUAAUUUCGCGAUAUUGUUUGGUGAGGUUUUGUGUGUGGGGUUUUUUUUUAUUUUCGCCAAGUGCAUCCAAGCAGAGGCUUCGCAAAUAUUUGUGCAUACUUGAACCCAUAAUCCGCCAUCAAAGGCCACUUCGCCGACGGACACGUUGAAAAUCUAUUCUGUUUGACUCGACAACAACACAAACUAACACACAGCGCGAGGCCACGCAACGUGGAGUAGAAUGAUCACGUGGAUGUGCGAGGAUUGUAAAUCGGCUUUAAGUGGAAGAAAAAAAACAACGCAAAUUUAAACGUCUUCGUUGUGAUUUAAUUAUCGCCCGAUUAGGCUAUUAGUCAGGUCUAUUGAAAAAAAAUGCAAGUACAUCACUCGUGCGGCGAUUAACAAUUAACGCGCCUCAUUCAAACCGCACUGCACGAGCACUGAUGGCGAUGAUGCAACGCACCGGCGUGACAUGCACGAACUUCUUAUUAUUCCCCAUUCGUAAUUGUUCACUCGUGCAUCGCUACAAUCAUCAUCACCACCACCAACCAUCAUUACCACCAGCAUCAUCAUAGUCGUCACCAACACACUUCCAUCGACGAGUUGUUUAGCAUUCAAUGCGAGUCAUCGGUGCUGCUGCUGUUAUUAUUAUCAUCAUCAUUGUUGCUAUCGCCCCCGCCACCACCACCAUCAUCAUCAUCAUUGGGGGGGGGGGGAGACGUCAAAAAACGCGAAGUCCCGAGUGAAGGAAUCAAGUGGCCGGGAGCUGCUUGCUGCAUUCAUCUCGGCACGUUUCCUUAUCCGGGCUUUCGAGCGCGCGCUCCCAUUGGCUGAGCGCGUCACAUGCGCCGACGCUAAAAUAUACAACGAUCGCUUUUGGAGGUGGGCUUCCCGCGACAGCAAAACGACAACGGCAGAAAAUAUAGCAUCUCCGAAACACCCCAGCAAAGAAAUUAAUGGCCAUGAGUUCAUAUUUGAUCAACUCCAACUACGUCGACCCCAAGUUCCCGCCGUGCGAGGAGUACUCGCAGGGAGACUACAUCCCGGAGCCGAGCCCCGAGUACUACGGGCAGCCGAGAGACCCGGGCUACCGGCAGCCAACGGAGCCCGUGUACCCGCCGCAGCACGCGGACUACCCCGAGCAGCCCUACCACUGCGGCGAGCCCGAGCCGGAGGGUCUGGGCACAGCGCAACCUGCGCUGCAGCUGGGCGGCGGCGGUGGCGGGGUGGUCGCCGCCGCUGCGGCACCGCAGGCCGUGACCCCGGGCCCAAGAAGACAGCCGCAGCAGCAGGGACACUUGAUGCGCGGUGCCCUGCAUCACGAUCCGUGCGGGGAAUCGGCGCCUGCGUGCACCCAGCAGAUGGGCGCUGCUGCGUCUAACGGGCUGGCGUGCAGUAAGCAGCAGCAGCAGCAGCCUGUAGUCUACCCGUGGAUGAAGAAGGUGCACGUGAACACUCUCAACCCCAACUACACCGGCGCGGAAAGCAAGCGCUCGCGCACCGCCUACACCCGCCAGCAGGUGCUCGAGCUGGAGAAGGAGUUCCACUUCAACCGCUACCUCACCCGCCGGCGCCGCAUCGAGAUCGCCCACUCGCUGUGCCUGAGCGAGCGCCAGAUCAAGAUCUGGUUCCAGAACCGGCGCAUGAAGUGGAAGAAGGACCACAAGUUGCCCAACACCAAGAUCCGCUCGGCCACGGCCACCGCCGCCACGGCCAUCGCCACCGCCGGCGGAGGCUCCUCGUCCUCGGGUGGCGGAGGAGGCCCCGACACUCCGUGCGGUAGCGGAAUGGCGGUGACGGUGGCGCCGGGCUCCGUGGCGGCCCACGCCGCGUCGGGUCAGAGCGGUCCCGCCGGUGGCGCGGCCUCAACCGCCGCCGCUUGCAAAGGCGGUGGCCACCAGGCCCGCGCGGCCGAUGGCUUGAGCAGGCCCUUGUGAGGAGGACGAGGCGAGCGAGCCGUGGCCGUGAUGGCUGCUGCUGCUGCUGGUGGUUGGUUGGUUGGUGAUGUUGAUGUUGUUGUUGUGUAGAGCAGAGGGACUGUAGCUGUGCGGCGGGAUAGCGGCAAGCUGAAGUAGAGUAACGAGUUGGUGUGCUGUGGUAGCCGCCUCCUCCUCCAUCAUCAUCAUCAUGAGUAUUCAUCGCUGCUGCUGCUGCUUCAUAUGAAAGGGAGAUGCAACUCACGUACAUAUCUGGCUCGUGUUUUCUGAAACCAUGUACAAAAUACAUAGACACACUUACGCACACACACACAAUCGUACGUACAAAUACGCCGAGGUUUUGUGUACAGGGUAAAGCAACAUGAAUGUUGAGGCUUCGUUAAAGUAGAAUUAAGACCCCCCCCCCCCCCACCUGUUUAAUCAGGUCCUCUCCUUUCUUCUUUCUCCAGCAUAUCUCUUUACUCAUUCUCUGUCCGGUGACUCCUCGCCUGUCUCCCUCUUUCACCUGUGUGGUGCUCUGGGAUGCAUUGUUUUAAGAGCGCCUCUGUACAAAAUCUAAGUUGGUAUUAUUGAAGUAGCUGACGUUCCAUUGACAUACCGUGUCAACCCACACGGCUUAUAUACCCCGUAUUCGUGUACAGGGAAAUUGAGUUUUCAGGUCCGUACGGCGUACAGCCGUUUCAAUACGGGCAAAAAAACAUGUUUUGUCUAUUUUGUUUGUGUUUUCUCCCUUGUGAUGGGACUUUGUAGGAUAAAUGUUGAGAUUUCUCAGUGCACGGGGUGACCAAUAAGUUCUGAAUCGGCCUGUAAUAAGGUCGGCACUGAUUUGGGGUUGACCGGUAUGAAUUGACGUCAUCACAUCGCUGAAUCGGCGCUCUUUGAAAAAGAAAAGAUUCAAUGACUUAAUCUUUUCACGACUUUGUUUACAAACAAAUCACUCGCGAAGUUGCAUGCACUUCGACGCACACGCGCGUGACACACACACGUGUGACACACACACGUGACACACGCACACACGUGUAACACACAUACACACGUGUAACACACACACACGCAUCCUGGCCGCGAGCCCCAAGAAAACGAGCGUGUCACAUUGGUCGUACGUUUUGAAGUUACGCCUUCCUUUUUCGAAGAGUCGCAGCUUCACUCGGAUUGUGUUUUAGUAUCGGCGUCGUCGUCGUCAUCACCGCCUCCGCCACGGUGGGGUAUGAUCGCUGUCUUUGCCAUCCAUCGUGUGUGUUCUAUUCGUUUGGACCAAUCGGUGGGGGGGGACGUCAGGGCCAUCGAUCGUGAGCGAGCUUCAGGUGAUCUCGCUCGCUCGCUCUCUCUCUUACGGGGACCACAGCAACUGCUGCCGUUGCUGUAGUCAAUUGCAGGCGACUGCGGUGUCCGUGUCGCCGCGUAUUUAAAACGCCGCAUCACUUUAAUGCACAGAUUUUUGUUGUUGUAAUCUAUAAGGAAAACACAGGGUACGUUUUUAUUUUAUUGGCUGCAUUACAAUCCAUAGCGGAAACGUUUUGCCUCAUUUCAACGCAGAGCUUACGGAAGCUUUGUUUAUAUGUGUGUGGGUGUGUAUGUUGUGUGUGUGUGUGCGCGCACGUGUAUGACCGUAUGGGAAGCGGUGGGGUAGCGGUUAGCGAGCUUUGCAACGAACCUGGCGAACCGAGUUCGAUUCCCGCUCACGGUCAACGACAGACCGAGGGAAGGCCCAGGUUCUGGGCUUUCCCUAGGUCGACUUGUCCUCAAUGAGUACCUGGUGCGGUGUAAACAUCGUCACUGGGGAUACACCCCAUCGUGUGCUCGCUAUAACAGCACUUGCCUCGGCAGCACGUCAAAAGCUGUAGUGGGGGGAGGGGCAUGUUUGCGUGGAGUUGGUGGCGUAGUGGUUGGCGCAGUGGGUUACCACCAUAUCGUCGGCGACCUGUGUUAUUCAACGUCCCGGUCAUAGGAUAGCCAUCAAGUAAGUGGCACUUCGUUUUUUUAAACUAACUUAUGUGUUUUGGCCUCCCCGAGGGUCGACUCGGCCGUAACCGAGUUUGGAGUACUUGGCCGAGGUUCAUUGUUUAAACCGUCGGCAAGGCAAGACGCGCAAGGGCGGUCACGCGUGGCUGUCUGACCGCGCCGCGCAUCAUGCGCGCGCCUUAAUAGGUGCUCGCAAAGCGGCACUUUCCUCUGGAACAGUCUUAACGCUAAAGGGUGGUGGGCGGGGGGGGGGCAGGGCAAGGGAGGGGGGGUAUCUGUGUCUUUGUGUACGUGUUCACGUUUGCAUGUGCGUCUGUGUGUGUGUGCGCGCGGUAGUGUAGCGGUUAGCGUGCUGCGCUACGAACCUGGCGACCCAGGUUCGAUUCCCGCUCACGGCCACCAACACCAGUGACGAUUAUCUGAACCGGUACCGGGCCUCCCCUAGGUCGGCUCAGCCUCAAAUUAGUACCUGGUGCGAUGUGUAAACAUCGUCACUAGGGAGACAAAGGCGGCCGUGCGUGGUGUUCGCCACUCACCCCCUCGCGUGCUGUGCCGGCCUUCAUAGGUGCUCGCUAACAGCACUUGCCCCUACAGUCUGUUGAGGCUACACGGGGGAUCUUUGUCUUUGUGUGCGCGCGCGAGGCAUUUUAAAUACACACAACGACGCUUAAUUUUGACAUGGGUUUCUCUUUCCGGAAGUCGCGUUAUUUUUUCCAUGGCUUUAUCCGGCGAUGUGAUUUUAAAAUAAGCUCUUAUCAAGUGUCGUUUAUAUUCUCUAUACAUAGAGUUACACAAUUAUUAAUAAGUGUUAUUAUUAAUAAAAGGUCCGUUGUAUUUUACAGGCGGAACGUUGGGGUGGGGGUGGGGGGGAUGGUCGUUUCACACAACAUCCACUUGUUCUUAAAACGUUGACUCUUUCAUAAUAAGUGUAUUUCGUUUUCGCCGUGUACAUAAUUAUAUAUCUUGCGACAGCGUUAAUGUUGACGGUUUGUACAAAAAAACCCCCACAAAUAUGAGUUGUGUACACCAAACGGAGCUAUACAGGGUGUGUAAAUCUACUCGUGUGUAUUUAUAUAUAAAAAAAUAUAUAUUAAAAAAACGAACACAAAAAUGCAUAAAUUAAACGCAACAACAACAAAAAACCCACGACUAACUCGGUUUGCCGGACGGAGGUUGCGAAUAGCAGCCAGGAACACGUUCGCGUCGCGCUGAUGCUGAUGUAGGCGCUGUCGUCUCUCUCUCCCACGUGGAACGCUGGCCAAGGCGUCAUCGCGGUGAAGAGUUCACGUCAUUUAUGCUUAUUAUUAUUAUCAUGUGGUUAAUUAUCUGUUUCAUAGGAAGAUAUUAUUAUUAAUAAUAAAGUUCAUUGCAUAUA